CAUGUUCGAAAUUAAGAAGAUCUGCUGCAUCGGUGCUGGCUAUGUCGGGGGGCCAACCUGCAGCGUGAUUGCACAGAUGUGUCCCAACAUCAAAGUGACCGUGGUGGACGUCAACGAGGCGAGAAUCAGCGCCUGGAAUUCGGACACGCUUCCGAUUUAUGAGCCAGGAUUAAAAGAAGUGGUGGAGUCCUGUCGAGGAAGAAAUCUCUUCUUUUCUACCAGUAUUGAUGAAGCCAUUAGAGAAGCUGACCUUGUAUUUAUUUCUGUUAACACUCCAACAAAGACGUAUGGGAUGGGAAAAGGCCGGGCAGCUGAUCUGAAAUACAUUGAAGCGUGUGCCAGAAGGAUUGUACAAAACUCAAAUGGCUAUAAAAUUGUCACCGAGAAGAGCACAGUUCCAGUACGGGCUGCAGAGAGCAUUCGUCGAAUAUUUGAUGCUAAUACUAAGCCAAACUUGGAUUUGCAGGUGCUGUCCAAUCCAGAGUUCCUUGCAGAAGGGACAGCGAUCAAGGACCUGAAGAACCCAGACAGGGUGCUUAUUGGUGGAGAUGAUUCUCCAGAGGGACAGAAAGCAGUCCGUGCUUUGUGUGCUGUGUAUGAGCACUGGGUACCCAAAGAAAAAAUCCUCACAACCAAUACCUGGUCAUCAGAGCUUUCUAAACUGGCAGCUAAUGCUUUUCUUGCCCAGCGAAUCAGCAGCAUUAACUCGAUCAGUGCUCUGUGUGAAGCUACAGGAGCAGAUGUUGAAGAAGUGGCAAGAGCUAUUGGAACAGACCAAAGAAUUGGAAAUAAGUUUCUCAAAGCCAGUGUUGGGUUUGGAGGUAGCUGUUUUCAGAAGGAUGUUCUGAAUUUAGUGUAUCUUUGUGAGGCAUUGAACUUACCUGAAGUAGCCCGCUAUUGGCAACAGGUAAUAGACAUGAAUGAUUAUCAGAGAAGAAGAUUUGCUUCUCGUAUUAUUGACAGCUUGUUCAAUACUGUCACUGAUAAGAAGAUUGCUAUUUUAGGGUUUGCAUUCAAAAAGGAUACUGGAGACACAAGAGAGUCUUCCAGUAUCUACAUUAGCAAGUAUUUAAUGGAUGAAGGAGCAAAACUCCAUAUCUAUGAUCCUAAAGUACCUAAGGAACAAAUCAUCUUGGAUCUUUCACAUCCAGGUGUCUCCGAGGAUAACCAAGUUUCUCGGCUGGUCACUAUAAGUAAAGAUCCAUAUGAAGCCUGUGAUGGAGCUCAUGCCCUUGUAAUCUGUACUGAAUGGGACAUGUUUAAGGAGCUGGAUUAUGAGUGUAUUCACAAAAAGAUGCUCAAGCCUGCGUUCAUCUUUGAUGGUAGGAGAGUUCUUGAUGAUCUUCAUAAUGAGCUACAAGUCAUUGGUUUCCAGAUUGAAACAAUUGGAAAGAAGGUAUCAGCCAAAAGAAUUCCCUUUGCUGCUUCUAGUGAAAUUCCUAAGUUCAGCCUGCAGGAGCAUCCUGUAAAAAAACCCAGAGUGUAACUCUUAAUAGGUACUGAAGGAAUUCUGUGAACCUUCUUAGUGAUAUUAACUGUAAGCCUAUGCUUUUUUUUUUUAAGGAAAGAUAUUUUUUCAUAAACUGAAAACCAUUUUUACAGUAGAAAUGGUACCUGGUACACGUGAAUUCAGUCUACUUUCAAAUCUCUAUUUUUAUAAUUUUUUCAGUUACUGAAGAUGGUACAGACAGACCAGUUUUUAAUAGUCAAUCAACUCUUAAGUGGAAAAAUUACCUUCAAACAGCAUAUUUCUGCUUCCAGAAACAUUCCCAAACUGCACUUUAAACGUUUCAAGUGCUAUGAAAGCAAAAGAAAUAGAAAAGCUUAUUUUUUACUUUAGUCUAGCUAUGGACAGUGAUCAGGAGCUUACUCGAUCUCACCGAUUAUAAUUUACCUCCAGGGUAACUUCUUGGCCUGUUCAAUGCCUGUUAAAGCAAGCAAGUCAAAAGAUAUGUUCCAAGUGAAUUUGAUAAGAUUUGGGUUGAGCCCUAAAAUAGAGCUGACUGCAGUAGUACUGCCCUGAUCCUGACUGGGAUCGGUGGGCACUGAUAUAGUCUAAAGUGACUUCUGGUUUUGGGAGGCCAGAUAGUUCUGCAGGCAUCUAUUGUGUAGCUAAUGACAGUGGACUAGCAGCUAUAAACUGAUCCACUGGCAGAUAACACUUCUGAUUCUUCGUGGUCUUGCCACAUUCCACGUACAGCACAUAAAUUAUUGAUUUUAAUCAGAUUCAUGGGGCAAAUUUCCCCAUAUUACAGCGGUGAAACCCAUCAGCCUCAGUAGAAGAGCAUUCUAUUUGCUGCUUGUUUGAACAUUGAAUUUAAGCAGAAUUACCCGAAAUUAAUUCAAUAUCAGUCCAAGUAGAAAGCAAAUGUUGACUUCAAAGCUAUCUAGUGGUUAUUUCUUCCUUCCUUUUUGCUUGCAUACUUGAACUGAAAGCAGGUUUCCUAAUCAACCUGCAGGAAUUAUCCUCUGCUCCUGGGAAAAGGUUAAAAAUAAAGUUUAGCCCCAUAAGUCAGUCAGCUUGCUACCUCAUUUAACUAGAAGGAAUGCAUUCUUCCCAUGUCAUCUUUAUACUUUUACUACUUUAUUUCUCCUUUUUUUUAAAUUAUCCCAAUUGGCCAGUGCUAUUAAAUUCCUUGGGAUGCAAAGUUUGUGUUCAGUUUGUUGCAUGGGGUUGUGAAAUGGAGGGGAGGAUAAAGAAGGACUAUGACUAUCAACAGGUUUCAGAAUGAAAGGGGCAGAAACCUCCCUGCUAAGUAACAGUAGUGUUGGGAUGUUUGAGAAUUGUCCUGUAGCUAGUCAUGUAAUACCUUCUGAAUUCAUUCAGUAGAAAAGUAUGCUACAUCAAUAGUUAAACCAAGAGCGCAAAGUCUGUGUCUUUUUGCUAAUAAGUGCUAUUACUUGCUGAAAUGUAGACAUAAUUUACUAGCCUAAGCUUUAGGCUAGAUCUUUGAAGAUUUGUUUAAGGAACGCGUAUAAUUUGAGUAGAUAAUAUGGGACAAUGCUAUCUGUUAGACUGACAGCAAUUGCUGUACCCUGCAACUGGAUGCUUUCAGAUUCUGCACACCUCAGUGGCUUCCAUGUGAGGCCUUGCUCUGUAGUGAGCACACAGCACUGUGAGCAAAUGUGCUUGAGUUGUUUUGUAUCAACUAUUGUAAGGCUCUUCUGUGAGGUACACGUCAGAAACCAGUCAAGAUCAGUGGAAAUUACAGGGGGGCUUAAACUCCAGUUCAUGUGUUGACUUCCAUCAUCACAUCUCCUCCUCUUACUGAUUUACUAGUUCUGUUUUCAUACAGUGCCCAGAGAGCAGGAACAGCCCUGUGAUAAAGUUGAGGUAUUUAUACAAAUAAUCCAACUCUUGCUUUGCAGGUAGAUAGUCUUGUGACUGACACCCUUUCUUCCCCCCAAACUCACUCACUCACUUGCCCUCUCAGUUGCUAUUUACUUCUUGGGGAUUAAGAGGAGGGCAUUGACAAGAUGAGCUUGAAGACUCGCCUUGAAUUAUGUUCAAGGCAGCACAGCACUGUUUCAAGGCUCACCUCAUCAAGGAAGUGAGUAGGGGCUCCAGGAAAAUCAGGAUAGCAAAGGAUGCUUUUCAGAAGACUGUACAGAGUUGUGAUAGUAGCAUCACCAUGUGGGACCUGUUCUCAUCAGUCUGAAGUGGAGAGAUGAACCAUUCACACAGCGCUGCUCCUAUUGUGAAUGUGCAAGAGCUGUAAGGCUGGCCACUGGACGUUUCCAGCAGCUUUCCACAUGUUGCCUUGGCAAAACUGAGGAACCAGUUGCUAGACACAUUCCUGUUUUCUGCUUCUGUAGACUGAGUUGAAGCCUGGAGGGUGAUUUGUUGCUUAAUCAUCAAGAUCAACAAAGAAUGGGGAAAGUUAAUUACAGUGGGAUCUCUUAAAUUUACGUUUCUUAGGAAAUGUCUGAUGGGGAGGCAGAUCCCUUUGCACAGCAAAGGGGUAUAACUGGUAUUGGCGUUUCCCUUUCUGGGAAAGUCAGCUUGUUUGGUCUUCUGGCUGCUGAAUCCUUUUAUUGAACACUGGGGCUGUGGGAUGGAUCAGGUUUAACAAUGAGCUGAACAGCUGGUGGUGUAGGCCCUUAGGAUACUGGAACUUUCUCUCGCAUGUAUGCAGGAGAAAUUCACCACGGGCUGAAAGAGUUUCAGAAGAUUCUGCAGCACCAUGAAUCACAAACUGUCCUCUUCAGAAUAAUAGUUGCCAGGGAAAUGGAGUCGGAGAUGACUUGCCCUCCUGCUUGGAGGGUUGGAGCACCCAAGUAGUGCAUGCAGAAUAUAUGUGUUUUUUGUAAUGCUUUUGAACUUGUGCUGAUGGGAUCUUACAGUUCUUGUCAAGAAUUAUAGGAACUAUGAGUAAUGGACUUCUGUACUUGCUUUUUAUGGGGCUUUUAAUAAAAUCCAAUCCAUGGUAACACUGCUUUUCAUCCCAUUAGUAUGGAUACAACAGUUGAAGCAAACCCAGCUUUAAUACUAGCCUAUGAAUUGUAUGAUAUAGACUACAUAAAUUAAGCUGUGUAAACAAAUCCUAAA